UUAAUUGCAACAAGUACAUUGAAUGACUGGAAUCAUGCUUCUUACUCUGUCUUGCUUUUUGGCUGCAGUCUCAGCUCAGAUCGUAAGUAAAUGUAGGGUUCAUACAAUUCACUUCGUCCUAACAACCGCGUGCCAUAUUUCUAAAACGUCCUGAUAAAUAUGAAGUUUUCCAUACUUUUUCCUGAAUUCAAAACUUUUCUUUUCUCAACAUCCUGCAGAGAAGCAACUGAUUCACCCAAUCGAACGCGUAAUGUCGAUAUCAAGCCUAGCGCUGAAUUCUUCUUACGAUAAACAGGACAUUGUUUGAUCCAGAGACGUCAUGAGCGAACAGUAACCCGGCCGAGGAACAGUAUUUUAAGUUUGGGGAAAAUAGCGUACAAAACGCACGGCUAUCAGCUAAGGCCUGGGCUCAAAAGUGUAUCCCAGCAACAAGAAGCACAUGCCCCCUUAACAAAGAUAUUGCUCCAUUCAUGCAGAGUCUUUCUCCAAUACGCCAAAUCGAGCAAGUGAAAGAAAGGCUCUUCUGGCAGAGGGCGUUCAGUAGCGCGAAGGCUUUUUUUCAGUUCGAUAACAGCAGAGGCAGUUUUAACUGUUCUCCCACACUCACAAGUCGCACCUCCAAUGAGAUCAGUGCUCUAUCCAUGACGUGAAAACGCUUCUCUUAAAAUUUUAUGUACUUGUUAAGCUUAGAAACUGCAAUCCAGUGGUAUGGGUCUAAAUAGCACCUUUUUCGAGAAAUGUUGAUCGAAAGUGCCGCGUUCAAUUCCUCGCUUGCAAAUAACCAUCGGACACAACUUUUUACCAGGUUAAUGUGUUCCUUUUCAACAUUUAAAAAUGAUGUGAAUCUACGCAGUGGUGUCAUCAUAUAAUUACUUUGAAUAUAAGGUGAUCCGGGUUUGGGCAAAUGAAGUUUCGACAAUCUCUGCAGUAGUCGUCAACUUUAACCCUUCAAAGUCCCGGCGGCGAGUGACCAGCAUCAAUUUUCUCUCAACAGUACCUAUAAAUAAACAAGAGGAACUGCAGUGAGAAUUAUUGAAAUAAUAACGUAAGGGAGAACUCUAUGAUCUUUUGUCAAAUUCUCUCAAUUAAGUCUUUAAGUACAGGGUGUCCCAAAAGUUCGUUCCUCUAAAUUCAUGCACCAUAACUUUUGAUCAAAACUUUAUUUUUACAUGAAAUUGCUAGAAGAUGUUUAUUUUCCCAUUGAGUACAUGUAGUCAGAAUUUCAGUAACUAGCAUGCCCUUUUUGAUUUUUUAUCACAUUCUGUAGCCCUUGCGGCACGAAGUGGGAUACAGGGUGUAGACCCACAGAUGAUCCAUUUUGAGCUUUUUUAUCACCUGGUGCGGAAGAGCUAGUUCAACCCCCCAACCAACAUUUGUUUAGUUUAGGCAACUGGAAAAAAUAGAUUUCGGGCAUUCAUCCAAAAAAGAUAAUCAUCCCGGUUUCCUUCCACAGCAACGUUUUGUACUUCUCUACAACUUGAGACGAGCUGGGCUUUACUUGGCAGACUAAGCAGAGGUUUCUUUAUUUGCCAUCUCAUGGGUCUCUAAUUUUAAACAUUUUAAACAGCUUUUCGUGACCCUCUCUGGACUUGGCUUGCUAACUAUGUGAGAGCUUUCUCGUCGAGUCUCCUUUUUUGUAUCUAGCUUUUCUUUAAAACUAUUUAGCUGCUUUAUUCAGGAGUUUUGGUCUUCCCCUUCAUUUCUUGCCUUCAAAACCUUCAUUCCUUCAUGAUCAUUUUACCACCCAACAUUCGGUAUUUUUCCAGUUUUUAGCAGUUUCUACGAAAGAUAAGCCAGUAAAUAGAAAUAUAAAUGCUCAUCCCCCGAAAAUAGCUGAACGUUUUUACGUUAAGGGGAUUUAUCUUUCGUGAUAUUCGCAAAAAACAAGGAAGGAAUUCGAGCAAUUCGGGCUAUAAAAUGCAAAAAAAUAUGUGGCUGGAAAGAAUACUCGGGCACGAACACCUUUGGCGCGGAAUUACUCAAAUCGAAUAUUCGAAUCAAAAAAUAGCAAAACAAGUAUGAAAAUGGUGAAUUAGACUGAAAGACAAAUUUUUUUUCAAUUAUUUGCUUACCAAGUCCAAUCGUACUGAAAUACAGACUUAUAUAAAGUAGAGUAGCGAACUUUUGCGUCACCCUGUAAAUGUACGGGAAUCAGUUUGAAGAAUUUGAAUGUACUAGAUAUUUGGGCUUAAAGGGUUAAAAAUCAAUCCCUUCCAUGGAUAAAGAUAAUUAAAAGAGUUUUUUUUACAUGUAUAUUUCAUUAGUUGUCAUAAUAUUGAUCCUUUAAAAGGAGGAAACUGUGCCACCAUCAGCUCACAUCGAAGGCGGUAAUCCAAGACCUGUGGACUAUCCUGAAGAUACAGGUGCCUUACUUACAAAAUUACUUCCAAACUAAUUACUAACUAGUUUGGCGUUAUAAUUUCACCUCCGGCUCCAUAUAAUAGCGCAACAUCCAUCCGGAAUUCCUAUUUUUUUUUUCUGCGCUUAAUUCGGUGCCAGACUUUCAGUCAAUCAAAAUAUAACCUUCCGAGCGUCGAAGAGCUUUUAAAUGUGAAGUGGUUAGUACAGAGCGUUUUCACAAGGCGUCACGGAGACCAUAUUGGUGUUCCAAAACAAUGAAACUGAGGUUAUGUUGGUGUUUUAAACCAAUCCCGUGGGAGUUGAACUCUUUUGUCAUGUAAACGCUUUCUUUUGCUCCAUUUAAUUUACAUAGGUUCUGGUCACGUGAGUGAAAACACUCUAUAGGGAUUUAGUACAUAAGUCAUUGACGAGACGAAUGAGCCCGGAGGGGUACUCAACACAGUUUAAUACGGGGAGGCUCCACCCUGAGUUUAACCCCCUACCCUAAUAUACAUACAAUAUACAUAUCUAGUCUAGAAGUUUGCAUCCCUUUUAACUGCUGUUAAUCACUGUCUUUUAAAUAUGAAUAAAUAAAAAACAGUUCGUUUUCGCGCCUCAGCCAUAAAAUGCAUCUGUUAGCCCUUUUUACAGAAAGAAAUAACAGUUUUCACUACUGAAUGUAUCCUUUCAUAUAUUCAAACUGAAAUACCUAUUCUUUCAUAUACACGAAGCUGGAAAAAGUUAGCCCCCUUUAAAGCAGAGCUUCCCCAUUUAUAGGCCCGUAGGGAGUACCCCCCGGGGGGAAUGAGGCAAAAAUUUUGGUUCAGUAGGUCUGCGAGAAAAGAGAAAAAACGAACCCUGACAAAUUUGGCAUGAGGUUGGUCUAGCUGGAGUGGCCAAAUAUUAAGACUGAAUAUCUGCCUCACACAGAGACCCUUUCACUCGGCUUAUCUAUAAAAUAGAAUUUAAUUAGAUACUUAACUUUAUACUCUUUUACUUUUCUAUCCCUCAGCCCCACUUUUUGCGCCGGACUAAACUUCAUUUAACUUUUGACGGUUUUCCUAGACAAAACCUACAGCUUGCGUCAGUUUCCAAAGAAAGAAUAAGAUUCCUAUGGUUUUUCUUCGCUUUUUUUCAGUAAUUGCAUCCUGGAACCCAAACCAUCCCAAAAGCCACCUGAAAAACGGGUUUACCUUCGAUGGUUCUCAUUUGAUUGUACCUGCCAGUGGCCUAUACUAUGUAUAUGUACAGUUAUACUUCAACGCUGAGCCCCAAGCUACCACGAAUCGUGUGGGUGUAUUCACUGACCAGAGCCUUUUGCUGAUGAUCCAUAAGUCCAUGGAACCCAACACGGAGGAAACAGCGACGGCAGGAGGGGUCUUUCAGCUGAAUAAAGGGCAGAGAGUAUUUGUGAAACCUCUCAAGGGCCUUGGCUCCGUAAAAAUGUGGCUUGGACCAAAUCACACGUAUUUUGGCUUGUUUAAGAUUAACUAUUAAACAGCUGUUGUUGUUCAUUUUCAAAUACAGUUAUAUAUUGUAUUAAAUUCCAAUGUGAUGUCAAGACGUG